AUGGGAAAUUGUGGUUUGUGUUCUGGAGGAUUUAGAGAAAAAAAAAAUAGAAUAUUUCCAAUUGGUGACAAAAGAAAAGUAACUAUAUGUUUAUUAGGACCUGAGGGUGUAGGAAAAACAACUAUAUUACGAGCUAUUAAUGAAGAGUCACCUGAAACUGUUACUAAAACUAAUGGUUUUAGUCAAGAAUCUAUUAAAUUUAUGAAAGCUGAUGUAACUGUAUAUGAUUUGGGUGGAAAUGAUAAAAUUAGAGAAAUAUGGUCUAAUUAUUAUGGAGAAGUUUAUGGAUCUAUUUUUGUCUGGGAUACCAAUCGCCAUACAGAUGAAGAUAUAGAAUUUGUUAAGAAUAUGUUAACUGGUAUUCUUAAUAAUCCAGAUAUGAUUGGAAAACCAAUGUUAAUAUUAUUAAAUAAAAAAGAUUUAAAUAAUGGAUUAACAGAAUAUGAUUUUUGUGAUAAAAUAAAUCUUCAUCAACUGGCAUCUGAAAGUGGUUCACAUCUUAAAGUUUUAAAUUGUCAUGCAUUACAUGGUAUUGGUAAAAAUUUAGAUCCAAUUAUAAAAGAAGGAUUAGAAUGGCUGUUAGAUGAAAUUAAAACUUCAUAUAAUGCUAUUGAUGAAAGAGUUAAAUUGGCAAUAGAAGAGUUAACAAAAAGGCAACAGGAAGAUAAGAUUAAACGACAACAUCGUCUAGCUGCAAUUCAAGCUGAACAAGCUGAAGAAGAUGCUAAACUUGAUCAAGCAGAAAGAAUUGCCAAUGGAAAUGUAUGGAGCGGUGAAUCUGUAUCGAAUGGCACUGAAAAUGUAAAUGAAACCACUAGUGAAAAUCCGAUACCCGACAUUUUGCCACCAAAACAUUUACCUCCAUUAAAAAAUAAUAAAAUUCUACCACAAAAUGAUAAUACAACGCCUGGAGAAGAAAGAACAAGAUUAGAAGUUUUUGAAAUAAAAUCUGAAGAUAGAGAAUUUGAAGAAGGUAUUGAAAUGCAAGAUAUGCGCAAAGAUGUUGAAAUUCAAACAAAUUUAUCUUUUCCUGUAGUGUUUAGUAAUGAAGAUGAUGAAAAAAACAUAGUUGAAAGAAUUGGUAACAAUAAUAUUUAUUUCACAAAUGAUAUCAACAAACAUAUGAAAGGUAUCAGUUUAGCACCAUUAGAUUAA